GCUCGACUUUGCUGAGCCGUGAACCCUGAACCCCCGCUCCGGUCGCUACCGGUCCGGUGUGCCGGUUCUGGUCUUGGUCUCGGUCCCGGGCUCAUGAACGGCGGCAUGGCCGCGUCCUCCAACCGGAUCACGCUGGGCCCGCUGGUGGCCGCCAUCGACCAGGGGACCAGCUCCACACGGUUCCUGGUGUUCAACUCCAAGACGGCGGAGCUGCUGAGCCACCACCAGGUGGAGAUCAGACAGAGCUUCCCUAAGGAGGGGUGGGUGGAGGAGGACCCCCGGGAGAUCCUGCAGUCGGUGUACGAGUGUAUGGAGCGGACCUGCGAGAAGCUGACCCAGCUCAACAUCGACAUCUCCAACAUCAAAGCUAUCGGAGUGACCAAUCAGAGGGAGACCACGCUGGUGUGGGACAGGCGGACCGGCGAGCCGCUCUACAACGCCAUCGUGUGGCUGGACCUGAGGACUCAGUCCACCGUGGAGCGGCUCAUCAGCAAGACUCCGGGGAGGAACAAGAACCACCUCAAGCAUAAGACGGGCCUCCCCAUCAGCACCUACUUCAGUGCGGUGAAGCUCCGUUGGCUGCUGGACAACGUCCCCGAGGUCCGGGAGGCCGUGGAAUCGAACCGGGCUCUGUUUGGAACCGUGGACUCCUGGCUCAUCUGGUGUCUGACCGGCGGGGCAUGCGGCGGCGUCCACUGCACCGACGUGACCAACGCCAGCAGGACCAUGCUGUUCAACAUCCACACCCUGAACUGGGACCCCGAGCUCUGCAGGUACUUCGGCGUUCCCAUGGAGAUCCUGCCUCGAGUGAGGAGCUCUUCAGAGAUCUACGGCCUCAUGAAAAUCAGUUCUAGUCUGAAAUCCGGGGCUCUGUCCGGGAUCCCCAUCUCCGGGUGUCUGGGAGACCAGUCUGCGGCGCUGGUGGGACAGAUGUGCUUCCAGGACGGGCAGGCCAAGAACACGUACGGAACCGGCUGUUUCCUCCUCAGGAACACCGGAUCCAAGCCGGUGAUGUCGGACCACGGCCUCCUCACCACGGUGGCCUACAAGCUGGGCCGGGACAAGCCGGCCUGCUACGCUCUGGAGGGCUCGGUGGCCAUCGCCGGAGCCGUGGUGCGCUGGCUGCAGGACAACCUGGGAAUCAUCGGCUCCUCCGAAGAACUCGAGCAGUGUGCCGCCUCUGUCGGAACCUCGUACGGCUGUUACUUCGUCCCGGCGUUCUCCGGCCUCUACGCUCCGUACUGGGAACCCAGCGCCAGAGGGAUAAUCUGCGGCCUGACCCAGUUCACCAACAAGAACCACGUGGCGUUCGCCGCCCUGGAGGCCGUGUGCUUCCAGACCCGAGAGAUCCUGGACGCCAUGAACCAGGACAGUGGCAUCCCGCUGAGCCAGCUGCAGGUGGACGGCGGCAUGACGUCCAACCGGCUGCUGAUGCAGCUGCAGGCCGACAUCCUCUGCAUCCCCGUCGUGAAGCCCUCCAUGCCGGAGACCACGGCUCUGGGCGCCGCCAUGGCAGCAGGAGCGGCGGAGGGCGUCUCCGUCUGGAGCCUCCGGUCUGAGGACCUGAAUGAAGCCACCUGCGACAAGUUUGAGCCCCAGAUCAACCCUGAGGAGAGCGAGCUCCGGUACGCCCGCUGGAAGAAAGCCGUCCAGAAGUCCAUGAACUGGGAGACGACGGAACCGCUGAGCAACGGGAACGGAGAAGCCAGCAUCUUCAGCAGCGUUCCUCUGGGCUUCUACAUCAUGGGCAGCAUGCUGAUGCUCAUCGGGGCCAAGUUCCUCCAGCCCUCCUGAGCGAUGACAUCACUUCCUGGUUCCUGACCAAUGGAACGUUCUCCAGAGAGCCUCUGAACGGACUUAUGAUUUGUGCAUGAAUUGUUCUUUUUUUUUUUUUUUUUUUUUAACUUUCUGGGUUUGUUUGUGUGGAGAAACUCACGUCUGGUUUCAUGAAUAUUCAUUUUCUAAUUUGCAUAUUUUGGACACAAAUCAUUUCCUACAUUUAUAUUUAUUUGUCAAUAAGUGUUUGCCAAAGUUUACAGUAAUAUUCACUGGCCCCUAAUAAUAUUUAACUGACUAAAAUUAAAUUUUUAGUGGUGACAAAUCAAUAUUCACUGACUUCUAAUUCAUAUUUAGUGACCAAUAUUUACCAUGUAUGGACCUGAAAUAUAUAUGUAAUGGACACUAAAUAUUGUUUUAGUAGCCACUGAUUAAUAUACAUUGUUAAUAUUCACUGGCCAAAUUAUUUUGGAGCCAAAAAUGUGUUUAUUAGCCACAAAUAUAUAUGUAUUUGCCUCAAAUUAGCAUAUUUAGUGGUCACUAAUCGAUAUGCAUCGCCAGGAAUCAAUAUUUCGUGACCAUUCAUUAAUAUUCAUUGCCCAGAAAUGAAUAGUUUGGGUUACCAAAUAUUCAUUGGCAGUUAUAUUACUAUUCAGUGGCCAUUAAUUAAUAUUAAUUGGCUGCUAAUUGAUGUUUAGAGGUCACUAAUUAAUAUUAAUUGGGCAUAAAUUAAUAUUAAGUGGUCACACAUGAAUAUUUAUUUGCUACAAAUUAAUGUUUAGUAGUUACCAAAGUUCAUCAUCAAUAAUUUGUGGUCAUUCAUAAAUAUUCAUUAGUAAAUAAUUCAUAUUUUUGUGUCAUCAAUUAAUGUGCAUUAACACUAAUUGACAUUUGGUAGCCACUAAUUGAAAUACACGAGUCCUAGCGUAUUUUGGGAUCUAUAAAUAAUAUUGAUAAAACACUAAUUAAUAAGCAUUGGCCUCUGAUUGAUUUGUGGCCACAAAUUAAUAUUUAUUGGAGAAAAAUUAAUAUUCAUUACAUUCAUAUUUAGUGGUCGCCAAUUAAUAUCUAUUGGUCACUAAUAUUUAGUGGCUACAGAUUAAUUUUCACUGGCCAGAGAUAUAUAUGAAUUGGCUGCUAAUUUACAUUUUGGAGAAACUAAUUAAUAUUCAUUGGACAAAAAUUAAUAUUAAUAUGCUGCUAAUUGUAUAUUCAUUGGCCAUUAGUUGAUAUUCAGUUCUCUGAAACAUGUUUAUCAGUCAUAAAUAAACACUUAGUGGCCACAGGUGAUGAGUCGAUGAGUUAGCCAGCUGUCAGGGUGGAGUAGCUUCAAGAUGUGAGCUUCUGGUCUGGGGUCUGUAGUUUGAAUCUGAACAUCAGAGAGAUUAAUUUGCACUAAGAGAUUCACUCAAAGGGAGGCUCCUUGUUGUUGUUUAUUGUUGUUGUUUUUUUUUCUAAACUAAUACUGUUGGAUUUUCAUUCUAAUGUGUUGUAACAUUUCCGUCUGCAUGUGACACUGUAGUUUCUCUGACUGUACCGCCGACGACCGGCUGUCCGGGUCAAUAAAGGAUCAGUAAUCCCCGUUUACACCAAACUACAGGCGGAGGGGUUUCAAUAAAGUCAC